CUACCGAUUACCUACAUAUUACUCACAACAAAAUCCUCAGGGAGGGUUUUCUAAUUCCAGGAUAGGGGCCUGAGCUUGCUCUGAUGUCCUUUUUUGAGAAGAUGUCUACAGCAGAUUUGAUGGAGAAUCUCCGAGAGGAACUGACCUGUUUCAUCUGCUUGGACUAUUUCACCAGCCCCGUGACCACUGAGUGUGGGCACAGCUUUUGUCUGGUGUGUCUCCUAAGAAGCUGGGAGGAACAUAACACCCCUUUAUCUUGUCCUGAGUGUUGGAGGACCUUGGAGAUCCCACAUUUCCAGCCCAAUGAGCGUUUGGGGAGGCUCGCGGGCAUCGGCAAGCAGCUCAGGUGCCAGGUGCUGCAAAGUGAGGGUGCCCAAGGAGGCUAUGAGAGAAUGCUGGCUGCCACUAAGGUGUGGUCUGAUGAUGAGCAGAGUGUCCACGAUUCCUCAACCCAAGGUCAUGGAGGAAACAGAGUGAAUCUCUUGAGUGAGGCUGAGGAGCACCACAAAGAGAAACUCCAGGAAAUCCUAACUAUUUUGCAUAAAAAGAAAAAGGAAACUCAGGUUAUAUUAACCCAUGAGAAGGAGAGAGUGAUAUUGUGUAAGGAAGAGACAAAGACUUGUCGGCAGGUUGUUGUAUCAGAAUACGCAAAAAUGCACCAGUUCCUGAAGGAGGAGGAGCAGCUGCAGCUCCAGCUGCUGGAAAUGGAGGAAAGAGAGAACCUGAAGAAACUGCGGGAUAAUGAGAUCAAGCUGACCCAGCAAAUGAGAAGCCUGAGCAAAGUCAUCGGACAGAUAGAGUCUACUUGUCAGAACUCGAUUGUAGAGUCUUUUGAGGAUGUGAGAGGAAUCCUGGAAAGGAGUGAGCCAUUCUUGCUUCAGAGUCCAGAGGCCACCACCACUGAACUGACUCUGUGCCACAUCACUGGAAUGAGGGAGAUGCUAAGAAAAUUCAGCACAGAUAUAACUCUAGAUCCAGCUACAGCCAAUGCCUAUCUCAUCUUGUCUGAGGACCUGAAAAGUGUGAAACAUGGAGGAAUCCGACAGCAGUUACCUGACAACCCAGAAAGAUUUGACCAGUCUGCCACCGUGCUGGGGGCUCAGAUCUUCACCUGCGGGAGACACUACUGGGAGGUGGAAGUGGGCAACAAGACGGAGUGGGAGGUGGGCAUCUGCAAGGACUCAGUGAGCCGAAAGGGGAACCUCCCCAAGCCACCGGGGGACCUCUUCUCACUUAUAGGCUUGAAAAUUGGAGAUGAUUAUAGCCUUUGGGUCUCAUCACCUUUGAAGGGUCAACAUGUUAGAGAGCCAGUGCGUAAGGUUGGUGUUUUCUUAGACUACGAGUCUGGACACAUCGCAUUCUACAACGUGACAGAUGAGUCCCUCAUCUACAGCUUCCCUCCAGCCUCUUUCCAAGAGGCUCUCAGGCCCAUCUUCUCCCCUUGUCUCCCAAACGAAGGGACGAACACAGGCCCUCUUACCAUCUGCUCACUCAAUAACCAUGUCUGA